AAGCUGGGGAUCGUCACCACUUGCGGUGCGCCCAUCGACCACCGCUCCCUCCUUAAUUCCGCCUCUCAUCUCACCAAGUCACCAUCCACCCACCUGCUCGACCCGCCUCCGUCCGCCUCUCUCCAUUCAAUCACGCCAUCGCCACGCCUCCUCCGCUUCUCAGUUCUCCCUCUCUGCGCCCACAAGCGCCAAAUCAUUUUCACCGGAGGCCAUGGCCCCGCUGCCUCCGGGCCCAGAGUCUGUCUGGGACUCAACUGAACUGUAAAAUGCUCCUAAAGGAGGUUGACAAACAAAUACAAAGCUUUAUCACGAAUCGCUCCCACCCAAGGUAGCAUAAUGAGCUCUUGUUCUGGAUUCUGACGAGGGUAACUUUUAUGAUGACGAUUAUUUUACCCUCAUGAGAGGCUAGGGUUAUGGUGGUGGUGGUUGUUGGUUAUUGAGAUUCUAGGGCCUCCAAACAUGCCUAGAGAAACACCUCUUGCUGGGUGGGAAAUUUUUUUGUUACAGCCCGGAUGCAAACUAGGAUUUCUACAGCCCCUCACAAACAGGAGGGUAGGCUCGGCAUGCAGCAGCAGCAACAACAACUAGAACACUAUCCCGUAACAGCUGGUGGACUUGCACGUGGGACCUAUUCUCCAGUUUGUGAGGGGUUGCAAAGAUCCCUGUUUGCAUGUGGUCUGCAAAGAAAAUUUACUGCUGGGCAAAGUGGGUCAGCAUCUUGGCGACGGAAUCCGGUGACAGCUCAUCGGAACCUGGCAUCUUCGAUAUCAAAUGUUAUGGUGGUGGCUCGUAUUGAGGGAGCGCAAGGGGGUCAGACGAGGUCUUGUCCAUGACCAAUGGAGGUAAUGAGUGGAUGGUUGUGGAAGACUGCGCUCAUGGAAGUUCCCAGAAAACAUCACAGCCCACCAAAAUGGUCAGUCAUACUAUGGAUGCUUGUCACAGCCAACCUCUGGAUAAUGUGCAGCAGCAGUACCCAGAAGAAAGUUCUCAUGCCAGGGUUCAGCGCCUCGGAAAUGGAUUACAUUGAUAACGAUGGGAAGUUUCUUCUCUCCAAUGGCUAUGUCUUUGGCUUUGGCUUUGCCACCGUCAGCGUGUCAGACAGCACAUACUACGUUCUUGCAGUAGUCCACUUGCCCACCACUUCUAUUGUCUGGUCUGCUAAUGCUAACUCUCCAGUUUCUCAUUCAGACAACUUUGUGUUUGACAAGGAUGGCAAUGCCUACCUGCAGUCUGGAGGUUCCACGGUGUGGACUGCCAAUAUCUCCGGCAAGGGGGCCACCUCUAUGCAGCUGCUAGACUCGGGCAAUCUUGUAGUGUUUGGCAAGGACGGCUCUUCUCCUCUGUGGCAGAGUUUCAGCCAUCCAACAGACACACUUCUGUCUGGACAAAGCUUCAUCGAGGGGAUGAGUUUGUUGAGCCAUUCCAAUGCACAGAACAUGACCUAUACACUUGAGAUCAAAUCUGGGGACAUGUUGUUGUAUGCAGGCUUUCAGUUGCCCCAACCGUACUGGUCCGCUCUGCAGGAUAACAGGGUGAUCAUCGACAAGAAUGGCAACAAUAACAUAUACUCUGCAAACCUGAGUUCAGGUUCCUGGUCGUUUUAUGAUCAAUCAGGGCUUCUUCAAUCACAGCUUGUCAUUGCACAGCAGCAGGGUGAUGCUAACACCACACUGGCUGCUGUCCUCGGUAAUGAUGGUUUGAUUAACUUCUAUAUGCUCCAGAGUGUGAAUGGCAAGAGUGCUCUUCCUAUCACAGUUCCACAGGACUCGUGUGACAUGCCUGCCCACUGCAAGCCGUACUCCAUUUGCAACAGCGGGACAGGGUGCCAGUGUCCUUCAGCCCUCAGCUCCUAUGCAAACUGCGACCCUGGCGUCAUAUCACCAUGCAACUCGAAGAACAAGUUUCAGCUUGUUCAACUGGACAGUGCUGUUGGGUAUGUCGGCACUAGAUUCACACUGCCUGUGCCCAAGACAAACCUCACAGGAUGCAGGAAUGCCUGCAUGGGUAACUGCUCAUGCAUUGCUGUAUUCUUCGACCAGACUUCAGGAAAUUGCUUCCUUUUCGACCAGAUAGGAAGCUUGCAACAGAAAGAUGGAGGUAAGAGUAGCCUUGCAUCUUUCAUUAAGGUAUCAAGCAGUAAUGGCGGGUCAGGGCAAGGUGGCAGUAGUGACAAUGGUAGGCUCACCAUCGUAAUUGUUGUCAUUAUAGUUGGAACUUUGGCUGUCAUAGGGGUCCUUGUGUAUGUUGGUUUCUGCAUUUACCGGAGGAGUCACCAUACACCCUCGCAGGAUGGUGGUGGUUCGUCAGAAGAUGAUGGUUUCCUGCACACUAUAUCAGGAGCACCGACACGGUUCACUUACAGGCAGCUCCAGGAUGCGACAAACAACUUCUCAGACAAGCUUGGCCAGGGAGGGUUUGGAUCUGUGUAUCUUGGUACGCUGCCUGAUGGCAGCCGCAUCGCUGUAAAGAAGCUAGAGGGCAUGGGACAAGGGAAGAAAGAAUUCCGUUCUGAGGUGACCAUCAUUGGCAGCAUACAUCACAUCCAUCUUGUUAAACUCCGAGGCUUUUGCGCUGAAGGAGCGCACAGGCUCCUUGCAUACGAGUACAUGGCAAAGGGGUCUCUAGAUAGAUGGAUUUUCCAAAGGAACGAGGAUUCCUCCCUGCUUGACUGGGACACGAGGUUUAGCAUCGCCCUUGGAACAGCCAAGGGGUUGGCGUACCUCCACCAUGACUGUGAGUCGAAGAUCAUUCACUGUGACAUCAAGCCUGAGAAUGUUCUCCUUGACGACAACUUCCUCGCGAAGGUGUCAGACUUCGGCCUCGCCAAGCUGAUGACCAGGGAGCAGAGCCAUGUGUUCACGACGCUCAAGGGCACUCGGGGCUAUCUUGCACCCGAAUGGAUCACCAACUAUGCCAUCUCAGAGAAGUGCGACGUGUACAGCUACGGGAUGGUUCUCCUCGAGAUAAUCAGUGGGAGGAAGAGCUAUGAUCCUGUGGAAGGUUCGGAGAAGGCUCACUUCCCCUCCUACGCUUUUAAGAAGCUGGAAGAAGGUGACCUCCGCGAUAUCUCCGACUCCAAGCUAAAAUACAAGGGCCAGGAUAGCCGGAUUGAGAUGGCAAUCAAGGUCGCCUUGUGGUGCAUCCAGGAGGACUUCUAUCAGAGGCCGUCCAUGUCCAAGGUUGUCCAGAUGCUGGAAGGCGUCUGCGACGUGCCCCAGCCACCAAUGUCUUCGCAUAUUGGAUACCGGCUGUACGCGAAUGCCUUCAAAUCUAGCAGCGAAGAGGGCACGUCGUCUGGGAUGUCAGACUACAAUAGUGAUGCCUUGCUUUCUGCUGUGCGGCUCUCUGGGCCCAGGUGAUAUGGUUAUGUACAUUGCUCUGCUUUAGUUAGCAUGGCGAAUCGAUGAUGUCCAAUUUUUGGGGAAGGCCAUUCGUUUGUUCGUAGUCAUGACAUAUAUGUUGAAAGCUUGAGGUGUUUAGUUCGAAUUUUCUGAAAUGCCCUAAAUGGGGCACAAUUUCACA